AUGAAAGAUAGUGCUCCUGACGAGAUUCGUUCAAGGAGGGAGAAAUAUAAGGGCAGACAGAUUGAGCAGAAAGAACCAGGUCCUUCCAACAGAAUGGACCCUUCAUUCACAAGUCUGCGAGCAACUAUGGUCUCUUUGGGGGAAGCCUCAAGUAGACCUAUUUGCAACGUUCCUCUCCAGAAGGAUGGAGAACUUCUGCUCGUUGGGGGAGGAUCCCAGAGCCCUGUCAGUCGAUGCCAUGCUCAUGAACUGGAUGGGCAUAGAUGCAUAUGCUUUUCCCCCAUUCAAGAUUCUGGGGGAGGUAAUAAGGAAGUUCGUGUCCUCGGAAGGAAUGAGGAUGACGUUGAUCGCUCCCUAUUGGCCUGCAAGAGAAUGGUUCACAGAGUGGGAAAUGAAAUUGAAAGAACAUUAUGCCCUGUUAGAGCAUUGAAGUUUUACCUGCAAAAGAAGAAACAGUUGCAAGGUUGCAAUCAGAGCCUCUGGUGUGCAGUUAAAGACCCGAAAAGACCAAUGUCUAAGAAUGCAUUAGCCUUUUUUGUCAGAAAUGUUAUAACUGAAGCUCACAUGAGUUGUAAUAGUGAUUCAUUUAAGAAAUUAAGGGUUAAAGCGCACGAGACCAAGAAAGUAAGAUUAGUACAGUGUGCAGAUAGUGCCACUUUUGUUGGUUUGUAUUUGCUAGUGUCAUACUUUUCAGGCCAUGAAAGUAAGAUAGUACAUUAUGCAGAUAGUACCACUUUUAAUAGUGUGUAUUUGCUAGUGUCAUACUUUUCAGGCCAUAAAAAAGGAAAAAAAGAUAGAGUGCAGAAGAGAGAGUGGUUGCGUAGAAGAGGAGAGUUGGGAAGUCAUGUGACUAUAUUACGUGAACUCCAACAUGGACCUGAGCAUGAAUUUAUCAAGUACAUGAGAAUGGAUGUAAAUAGUUUCUAUGCACUACUUGCAAAAGUGGAACCGUACAUAACAAAGCAGGAUACCAAUUUGAGGCAGAGUAUAAGUGCAGAAGCUCGUCUGGAAGCAACGCUCAUAUUUUUAGCAUCUGGGUGCUCAUAUACACCUACAACCCCAGAGGAAUGGAUGCGUGUGGCACAUGGUUUUCAAACAAGAUGGGAUUUCCCAAACUGUUUGGGGGCUAUUGACGGGAAACAUGUGUUGAUAAGGCCUCCACCUGAUAGUGGUUCGUACUUCUUUAAUUACAAAGGAAGCCACAGCAUCGUACUCCUUGCCAUAUGUGAUGCAAACUGUGAAUUUAUAUAUGUAGACAUAGGCACAAAUGGUAGAGUAUCAGACGGAGGCGUGUGGGACAACUGUACUCUCAAUACUCGUAUUGCAAGUCAAACUGCUGGUCUGCCAGGGGAUCGAAUGGUUACCGGAAGUGAGAUGACACUACCAUACGUUUUUGUGGCAGACGAAGCAUUUCCGUUGCGCCGACACAUUAUGAAACCCUUUCCACAUACUAAUCAGACUAGAAGGGAACGUAUUUUCUCAUAUCGUCUCUCCAGGGCAAGACGUACUAUAGAAAAUGCAUUUGGCAUUUUGGCAAACAGAUUUCGCGUGUUUAUGCCAUCUGUUAUACUACCGCCAUCAAAACUUGAUACCAUAGUUUUAGCAUGCACAUCUCUGCAUAACUUCCUCAGGAGAGACCAUGUGAGCCACCACACGCCUGAAGGAUGUUUAGAUGUUGAGGAUUUGUCAGUAGGACACAUUAUUCCUGGAAGCUGGCGACAAACUUAUGAAUUACCAGGGCUACAGAGGGUGAGCCGAAAUGACAUGGCUGAUACCAGGAAUGUCCUUGAACAAUAUAUGCAGUAUUUUAAUGGAGAAGGGGCAGUGCCAUGGCAGUAUAGAUCGAUAAAUGAUUAA